ACAUCCAUAUAUAUAUAAAGCAAAUGUACUAGAAAUUUCUUCAGCGAUGGUGGUCACGUGCGGUAUCACUUGGGCCAAUAUCGUACACAGCCUAAAAGGGGCCCUGUGCGAAGAAAUUUCAAUCAUUCAGUCCCCCGCGGGUCAAAAACAGAGACCACAAAAGCAUCCAGAGAAACCGACAGGACCGCCCGCUUUGUUCUUUCACUUCCUCUCUCCCUCUCUCCCUCUAAUCGGUCUCCACCUUCUCUGCCUAACGCCAUACCCUCCUCAGCUUUCAGACAAAUGGAGCUUAGGAAUGAAAUGCAGAGGGCUUACUGUUGCAUUGCUCAAGUUGGUGCAGAUUGGGAAUCUUGUGCUCCUACUUCUAUGGCAUAUUCUUCAUUUUAUUGUCAGCAUAUUCUAUUUUGUGCUGGGAAUAGCUCGUGUGGCUGAAAGCUAUUUUAUUUCUAGUGGCUUCUUGAAGAAAUACAAAUCCUUAAACUUGGGCAAGCUACGAUGCCUGGCCAUUGUUAUAGAAAGUGAAGAAGCAUACCAAACUUUACAAGUUAUUGAGCUUUUACAGUGGCUGGGAGCUAUCGGUGUGAAGAGUGUGUGCCUGUAUGAUAAAGAAGGAGUGAUGAAGAAAUCAAAGCAAGCCAUCUUGGGGAAAUUGAACAAUGCAGUGAUAUUUGAGGAAUCUGGUGAAAAUGAUAAGCUAGUUGAUCACAACCAUAUGAUGUUGGAAUUUGCUUCAUUCUCUGACGGAAAGGAAGCUGUGACUAAAGCAGCUAACUUACUUUUCAUGAAGUAUUUGAAAUUGAAUAAGUUGGCUGGAGACCAGGAGGGGCAAAUAUUUACAGAACCUCACAUGGCUGAGGCACUAAAAGCUAUUGGUUGCAAAGGGGCAGAUCCUGACCUGCUAUUAGUUUAUGGACCUGCAAGAUGCCAUCUAGGUUUCGCCGUAUGGAGGAUUCGAUAUACUGAGAUUGUUCAUAUGGGACCAUUAAAGUCGAUGAGAUAUGGCUCCCUAAUAAAAGCAAUUUACAAGUUUACAAUGGUGCGCCAAAACUAUGGUAAAUGAUUUGUUAAUCCGGAGGUCACUGUAACAACCAACGCUACCCCUUUCAGGGGGCAAACGAAAGAGAGGAAAAGCUAUAGGCUGCACUGUGACUGUUAGAUCAUUAUUUUCUUUUGUUUGACAAUAAAAACCUUCAUUCAUUAGGUAAAUUAUGUGUUAACAAAGACAACUAGGACAUUUUUCUGUAAUAUCUGAAGUUUUAUCAUCUUUGCCUUUGUAUAUGUCCAAGCAUUCUUUCUAUUAUGAUUGAUCUAAAUUUUGGUAUCUAA